UUUAUUUUCGAGAUCCAUAUAAUGCGUCUCUGCUUCCAAGUCGUCCUCGCCGUUGUUGCUGCUUUGACGGUGUCUAUGGCUGUCAGUGCUGAAAGUGAAUGUCAUUCAGAUGACCACCUUUGCAACACAGAUAAAGAUUGUUGCAAUGACUCUGUAUGCGUGGCAGUAUUCGACCCACAUGUUGAUGAGGUGAGCUUCAGUAGUUUAAUCCAGGAUUUGUUGACUCACCCGUAUGGUAGCCUUACUACCAAUUUAGAUGUGAGCCGUACUAAUGAGCUACAGUGAGUCGUGUUUCGGCUUUCUCCAAGUCAUUGGUGCAGUGUGGUUGAUGGUACCGCACGUGAGUAGUUCGUUGCAGAAUGCGGAGUGUUUAUCUCAAAUUUUACUGCU